CAGGAAACGGCCUCGCUAAGAAGAAAACCUCAGAUAUUGGUCAAAGUAUCCACAAUUUGAUCCAAUUUUUCCGCCAGUUACGGCUUCUUUGAGGAAACAUGGCCGAAAUAGACGAAUCUAAGAGGCCCUCUGUUCGUCAAGUGUGCCAGGACUUCAUGGUACGAGAAGAUGGAGCAUUAGCUCAAAGGCUGCAGGAUGAAGAAUUUGGUGAUCACUACAUUAGAAAUCGCAGUGAACGGAAAACAGUCAGAGAGAAUGUCAAAGCUGCAAAGAUUACUUAUUUAGAAGAAGUCAAACAGGCUCAACUCCUGCCCAGUGAGGAACUCCAACACAUGGCACAUCCAGAAGAGUGGCUUGCAAGUGAUCUUCAACAUAAACUACAAACUGAAGAAGUAGAUUGUGAAAGAAAACGAAGAGAUUCUGAACUGAAAGACCAGGAGAUUGCGAGACAACUGCAAGAAAGAGAAGCUAUGAAACUCGAACGUGCAAGACAGAGAAGAUUGGAAAGACAACUUAAGGAAGAGAGGGAAAGUAAAAUUCUUCAGGAAGCUAUAUCAGGGUUGAACGAUCACAAUGACAAUCAAGUGAAUCACCGGCAACAUGCUGAAACUCAAAGAGCCCCUGCUCCUGCAGGAUUAAGGAAUGGUCGAUCUUCUCCGGAUACAGAGGAGACCAAGCCUCGUCGCCAUGUCAGAGGAGAAGGUAGCAAUGGUAGAGGGUCUGAAAAGAGAUACAGCAUUGGAGAAGGAGCUGUGGUGCAACUACCACCCAGCGAGGGAGGACGAUUAGAAUGUGACAGGAUUAUCUUAGCUGAUGGAACAGCUAUUGACCUGUUUGACGAGAAUGAGGACAAGGGUGCUCGGGAGCAGGCGCAUAAGAGAUCUCGAGAGAGACAAGAUGAGGAAUAUGCAAGAAGGUUACAGGAGCAAGAAAAUAAGUUAUUAGAACAAGACCGUCAAGCGGAACACGACAGAAAGCUAGCACUGGAAUAUCAAGACAGGGAAUUUGCCAAAGAGCUUCAGAGAAGGGAAUAUAUUCGAUUACAAAAGCUGAAGAGAGAAAAACAAUUACAGAGAGCACAGUCAGUUCCUGCAGAAAGCUCGUCUGGAAGUACUGGAGAACUGCAGUCGCAUCAGAGGCUUCCUUCUUACGAGGAAGCAACACACAGAAACCAAAUGCCCGAUCUACUGCAGGAUGAACCAGCCUUUAAACCAGAACAAGAUGCUCAAGGAAACGACUUUUCACAUCGUAAAUACAGCUGCCCUGAGAGACCAGCUACCUCGCGUUACAACGGUUCAUUUGAACGAGAAAUUAAUGGUGCAAACCAAUUGUCCCGAACCAGUUCUAAUUCUCCGCCGAGCACGAUACUCGACAGAGAUCCGCUACGCCAACAGGAGUACAGAUCGUCCGAUUCUCCAAACUCAUCGCAGCAAUCUUCGCUGGAAAGAUCGGCAGAAUUUGUCAGGCAAACUUCCCAAACGUCCUCAACUAGUUCAUCGUCUCAAGUUCAGGCUCUCGCGUCUCCGACAUCACCGGUCACCCAAGAAGGGAUCUGGGAACGACUCUAUGAGGAAGGAGACCAGAUUCCGUACGGCUCACGUGACCGUAGAGUCUUGGAACGGAGGGUAACUGUGGCAAGUUCCGAGCCUUCCAAUCAUAUCACCACCGAGUUAGUUAACAAUGGAAGUAUUCCCAAUGGAAAUGAAUGCAACAUUGCAGAAUUUAUAGACCCCACCUUUGGCCGUAAGUCCCAAAAUAGCAGUACAGAAGAAGACCCUACGCCCUCUCCGACGGGAGUUGAGUCGAAAGCUAAAGCAGUGCCGCUGAUACAACCGCACCGUAGGCGCAGCUCAGAUAAAAAAAAAAGAGAGAAAGAAAAAGAAUGCAAACAGCAGUGAAAAUCGGAGGAUAAAGCGAGUGUCCAAGAACAGUUCUUCGUCACUGUAAAUAGUGAAUGGUUCCCGAGUUGUAAGCUCGGUCAAAGUCAUUAGUUUUUUUAAAUAUUGACAGCUAUUGAUAGUUGUACAAUUUAACAUAAAACCGUAAUGUAAGCCGAGCGAUGUUUCAUCACCGAUAAUUGAUUAUGGUGUUCCCAAGUUUUUCCUCCGCAAAUUAUUAUAGGUAAAGCGAAGGGCACGAUUGAGUACGAGCACUCCCUCCUUUUCGGCAAAGUCCGUUGCACGAGUCAAAACCGAAGGAAAAAUGGGGGUAAUAAAAAGCUGAUUUUAGUGCAUUGCGCGGAACUCUGGGAAUGAGGUACACGGAAAGUACUCUACGCGGAGCGCGGAAUCCGAAGGUCUGGAGUUCGAUUCCUCGUGGUGACUCAGAAUUUUGUCUUUGUCGCAUACCCGUGAUUUGACGAAAAACGUCUUUCUUUCUUUCUUUACCGAGCUCAAAACUAACAAUCUUUCUUAUUUUACUCUACUACUUCCUUGUACCCAGUGUUCAGCUCGGCACGCUAACAAUUUUUUUUACUCUCUGAUCAGUUUUGACUCUCGCUACGAACUUCGCCGAAAUGAAGAAACUGCUCGUAGUCUAAGGACACGAAAGCUCGAGAUUGAACUUACCACGCAUUUUUUAUGUAACAAAAUGGCGUAAUUACCUCUAGAGUACUCUCGUGAGUUUGUGGAAUUAUUUUGCUGGUCAAUAGAUUAUUAAACUAUGCAAGCACUUUGAUAAAGAUAUGCGAAAAAGGAUUUCAAGCCGAAAUUAGGAUCUUGAUAAAACUGGAAAAAAACCACAAUUUAAGUUAGUUGGAAAUAAUUUAGCUCUCUCUCCCUCUCUAUGGAAUAUUUUUGCCUGUUUGUAUAGUUUUUAGAUCUAAACGUUUCGUUCUUUGCAAGUUCUUUGCAAGUUAUUCCAUCGAUUUCAGCAGUAAAUGGUAUCCAACUUUAAGAAUCACGUUUUCUUUGAUCUCAAGCCAUUUUUUCUUAAAACUCACACCUCUUAGCUGGCGAAGGGAAGUUUAUUUUCAGGAUGUAUUGACGGAAAGACUUGCUGCGUUUUAAAACUUUCAUAUCAAGCAGUUUUAAGAGUAAAUUUUAUUUUUCAGAGAUCGUCCAAAAAAAGAAGAAAGACUGCAAACUAUUGUAUGAUGUACAAAUUUUAUUAAAUGCGUAAUGAUAAGGUACAGGAAAGCUUCCCACAGGAAUUCAGAAAAGUACGUUUUAGAGCUUUAUUUAAACGUUGUGGCUUGUAGCCAUGAGUUAUGCAUCAUCAUGCAACAAGUUAGAGGUGGAACUAUUGUUUUCAGAAGCGAAGUAUGCGGAAUGCUAAAGAAAUAAAACUUCCUCAAAUUUAU